UACACGUGCACACAGCAGACUUCUGGCUGGCUGAACCUUGUUCACAUUUCAAGCAAACAAGCAGUAAGAUGACAGUGAUGCAGCAUGCAUUCCAAAUGUUCGCUCCUAUCCUUGUUGUAAUUACUGGAGUAUUGUGUAGAUCUCUAUGCUUCUGCUGCCCACUUCCAUGUGAAUGUCCUCCUCUUGACAAUGCUACACUGUGCCGACAUCGCCUUCUCAGCUUGGUUCCCUUGGGGAUCCCACCUUCAUCUUACUUACUGGAUCUUAGUUAUAAUAAUAUCCAAUUAGUGCUGCCAGAUUCUUUUUUGCAUCUGCACAAUUUAAAACAGUUGGAUCUAAGUCACAAUCAGUUGUCCCGGUUAGAACCAGGAGUCUUUGCUGGCUUGCCAAGCUUACGCAUUCUUCUGCUACACCAUAACCAAAUCAAAUUGCUGUCUCCAGGGGUCUUCUUGGGAAUGCCUGAUCUCUCUUGGCUUGAUGUCCGAGCAAACGAACUGGUGAUAUUGCUGGACCAGACCUUCCAGGGCUUGCAGGAGUUAAAGCAUUUGGAAGCUGGGGAAAACCCCCUGCUGUUUGUAUCGCAUAAGUCUUUCAAUGGGAUGCGCAACUUGCAAAGGUUGGGGAUGGAAGAGACAAAGUUAAGUAAUGUCCCCUCAAGAGCUCUGUCUGCUCUCACAAAACUUUCUGACCUGCGUCUGGGAGGUGUAAGCAGCUUCAUCUUGCGUGAUUUAGCUUUCCCUGGUCUGAAAUGGUUGCGAGUGUUGGACAUUGACCACUGGCCUUCACUAAGAUACCUUGAGCCACUUAGCUUAUCUGGAUUAAACUUAACUUCACUAUCCCUCACUAGAUGUAACUUCAGCUCAGUCCCAGAAGAAGCAUUGAGAUACCAAUUUAAUCUUCGGAGGCUGGAUCUCUCCCACAAUCCUAUCACUGCAGUGAUGCCAAAAGGUCUGAGCACCCUGCAAAGCCUAGAAGAGCUACGGCUGUCUGGAGGAAAGAUUCAUAUGAUUCCCUCUGCAGCUUUUCAUGGCCUGGACCACCUGCGAAUGGUAGAUCUCUCAAAUAACCCAAUCAUCUGGUUGGCAGAGGAUGUUCUACCCCCUGCUCUCAGUGCAAUGGAGAUUAUUUUUCUUUCUGGAACAGCACUGUCCUGUGACUGUCGCCUCUGCUGGCUACUGCACCGUAAGGUCCGCUUUGGAGGAAGACCCCCAAUCUGUGCUGCUCCUGACCCACUAAAGGGAAUGGUGAUCCCAGACAACUCAGAUUUGCUUUGCCCUGAACUUUUCAUGUGUCAGCCCCCCAAGAUAGUGGAGUCUGGACCACGAGAUCUGAGAGUACAGGAAGGUGAGGGACUAACCAUCAGCUGUCAUAGUCAGGGGGUACCUGAACCUUCAAUUCAUUGGGUACUUCCACAGAAUCCUUGGCCAGGGGGCACGGGAAAAGAUGAACCCGUAACAACAGUAAGAUCAAUUGCAAGCACUGAAUUUACACAUUUUGUUUCAAGUUUUACAGGAGAAAUAAAACAACAUAUGGAGUCUGCUACAUACACACCCAAAUGGAUAUCAAGGCCCAGCUUGGUGACAGCAGAAACAGCAACUGUUUUGGAAAGGGUCACUAUUCUCCCUGAGGGCUCUCUCCAAUUCCGCCAAGUGCAAGCACAGGACACUGGUGCUUACCUUUGCUUGGUGAGUAAUGUUGCUGGAAAUGACUCUGUUUGGGUUCAUCUGGAGGUCACUCCCUUCAAUGGUAGUAUGGCAACCACUGAACUCCCUAUUCUACAUGCACAUAUACUGGCAGUCAUUACUGCUGGUGGUAUUCUACCUUUCAUUAGCUCAGUGACCUUAUGUUUCAUAUUUAUCUUCCUCUGGAGCCGUGGACGUGGCAACAUUAAACAUACAGUAACUAUAGACUAUAUUCCCCGGGCAACUCAGGGAGCCACAGAGACAGAUGACAACAAAUUUACAAUGAAGCUCCUUUAGGGAGUGAAGAAAGGUAACUGGACUAGAAUUAAGUAUAAUAAUAAGUGGUUGAAAAAAAUGUAUAAGAUGUGGCGAUCUACAAAUGGUUGCAUUUAUUAUUUUAUAAAUACUAUUAGUGCGUGCAGACCAUUGGAAAACAGCAGCAACAACAAAAACCUACACUCAGGAAAUACCAACUUUAUAUCACCAAUAGCUAACAGAACUAUUAAAACAAAACACUUCAUAAAGUCUCUGGACUCUAAAGAAAGGACAGCCAAUAAGCUUAUAGAAAGCAUAACACGGUACCUGAAAAAUAUAAGGUACUUUAGACAAACAGAAAAGACUGUUUUAUUAUUUUGGUACCUGCAUCAAAUGCAAUAAACACUUUUUUUAAUUAA